AUGGCGGAGAUUCCUUUCGGAACUUUGUUAUGGGUAGCUGCGAGACCUCUUCUCCGACUUUUCAUAUGCGUCGCGUGUGGGUACGGUAUUACAAGGGCUGGUUUUUUUCCUGCGAUUGCGACUCGCGGCGCCGUGCAAGUGGUUUUGAACAUUACUUUGCCUAGCUUGAUAUUCUCGAGGGCUUCAUCUGCAUUAAAUGCGGAGAAUGAUGCAGCUUUUGGACCGCUGAUAGUGAUUGCAACCAUCUACAUGGCAAUAGGCUUCGCAUUAUCUCUGUUUAUCAAGCAAUUUUUCUGGGUUCCAUAUCGGUUUCGGUACGGUAUCCUUGUUGCCGGGGGUUGGGCGAGCAGUUGCGAUAUAACAAUUUCGGUCAUGAUGGACAUAAUGGCCUCUCUCCCUUUCGACGGAGUCCACGAUCAAGACCUCGCGGUAACAUACGUCGGCGCCUUUUGUGUCAUCUACUACCUGACUAUGUUUACGUGCGGGCGCAACUUAAUCGAGCGUGAUUUUAUUGGAUCUGAUACAGAUGGCGGGGAAAUACAUGAACCAUGCCGGGCCAAACGUUGGAAGUUGCUCGUGGUUUUUUUACGCCGGGCGAAAUUUGUUUCCUCUUCCGCAACUGGGGAAAAAUAUGACUUGGAGAGGAAUGCCUACGGUGACCAAAUGUCUAGCAAAGAUCUCUCCCUGCAACUGUCAUCGUUGGAGCAUUCACAGGCAGUUUCCCCAUUAGCGUCGUCAACCAUUGUGCAGCAUGACAUACUGUCUGGCCAAUGCGAUGAAACGCAACCGUCCAUGGAUGCAGAACCGCACAUCAUACCAGCGUCCACAGAGAACUCUGCUCCAAACCAACCCCGCUCUGCCAUGCGAUACAUGAACUUCCUUGGCAGUCUUUCAUCCCCUGUCUUGUUCUCUGUGGUGGUUUCGCUCAUUGUCUCUAGAAUGUCGGCUGUGAAGGCAUUGUUUAUCCCUAAUGUAUCAGGAACGAACAUUCCACCAGCUCCUGAUGGACAACCCCCACUGGCAUUCGUAAUGGAUACAGCGGACUUCUUGGGAGCAGCCAAUUCUCCCAUUGGACUGAUUAUUCUUGGAUCUGCACUCGCGAGAAUGAGUGUCCCUCGCGGACGCUGGACUUCACUGCCCCUUGGGGCCAUCGGAGCUCUUGCUGUUAGCAAACAGCUCAUCAUGCCAGUCCUCGGAAUUUCCAUCUGCGAAGGAUUCACUCGGAUAGGAUUCAUUGAUGCUGAAGAUAAAGUGCUCAGAUUUGUAUGCAUCUUCGUAUCAUGUUUACCCAUAGCAUCGACCCAAGUGAUCCUGACGCAAGCAUGCUCUGAUACAAACACAACAGAUCAUCUUGCUGCGUUCUUGCUACCCCAGUUGAUCCUCAUGUUUGGGGUGAUGACCGUAUUGAUGGCCUUUACACUCGACCUUCUCUUUUGCUAG